CUGCCGCGCGGCCCGGCGGCCUCCCGGGGCGGUGCUGAGCAGCGGGGCCGUGCGGGCGCAUCCAUCCCCGGGACCCCGCGGGAAGGGCCUGCCGCGGGGCUGUGGGGCCGGCGUGCCCCACAGCGGUGCCGCCGGGGGUCCCGGUCCCCGCCGCGGCAGCUGGGCGCCCAGUUGCGGUUAGCUCCGGCCCUGCUCCGGCGUGGGCGGCCGCCCGGGGAGGACGGGCGUCCCGCGAGCACUUCCCCUUGGCGUCCGGCCCCGCGUCCCGCGUCCCGCGUCCCCGCGCUGAGGCCCAGGCCGCCCCGGGCGCAGGUGCCCAUGGCGCAGUUCCGCAUCCGGCAGUACCGGGACGAGGACUACGAGGUGGUGCGGACCCUCUUCGCCCACGGCAUGCUGGAGCACGUGCCGGCCGUCUACCACCACUUCCUGCGCUCGUGGCAGGCGCAGCUGGGGCUGCUGGUGCUGGUGGCGGUGGUGCGGGCGGCGGCGGGCGGCUGGGUGCCGGCGCUGGGUGCUGCGGCACUGGCGCUGCUGGGCGCCUGGCUCCUCGUGCGCUCGCUGGCUGCCACCUACGUGCAGGACGCGCUGGGCACCGACCUGCGCGACAUCCGUGCCGCCUACCUGCGGGCGCCCGGCAGCGGCUUCUGGGUGGCAGAGGCCGGCGGGGCGGUGGUGGGCACGGUGGCGGCGGUGCCGGCGCCGGAGCCGGCGGCGCUGGAGCUGAAGCGCAUGUCGGUGCGGCGGGAGCAGCGGGGCCGCGGCGUGGCGCGGGCGCUGGCGCGGGAGGUGCUGGGCUUCGCGCGGGCGCGGGGCUACGGUGCCGUGGUGCUGGAGACCUCGGUGGUGCAGGUGGCCGCGCAGCGUCUCUACGAGGGCCAGGGCUUCCGCAAGGUGGGCGCCUUCAGCCCCUCGCUGCUCGGCCGCCUCCUCUACUUCCAGGUCUUCCGCUACCGCUGCGAGCUGCCCGCCGCCCCCGGCGCCCCCCCGGCCCCCCCCGGCCGCCCCGCUGCCCCCCCCGGCCCUGCACAAUAAACGGAGCCGUGGCAAGGCUG